UUGUAACAGGCAACCCGAAUUCAAAAUCUUGAAACCAUUUUUGAAAAAAAGAACCUUAAAUGACUGCCGCAUCAACAUCAUCAUAUGUUAAUUUGCAGAGAAUAAAAAAAAUAUCAUAAAAAAAAAUCCUAAACAAAAUCGUGUCUUCCAUUGGAGUGAGAGUAUUUAUAGUUAAGUUUCAGGUUAGAAGUUGGAGCUCUUCGUCUUCCUCGACAAAGGGAACUCGAUUUCUGAGAUGGGUGACGUCAUCGGUCUCGAAGAUGAGCUCAUUUGGUUACCUUCUCAUCUCCUCCAAGAAGACUCCUCUGAUCACCCAAACUCAGACAAGCCUACAAGAAAGCAUCACCACCGCUUCUACCACCGCCACCACCGCCGGCCGAUUGUGUCUCCGGCAGAAAACGCUCCAUUGAAUUGGAGAGUCCAACCAAAACAGAAGAACCAAAGUACCAAUUGGAAAAGGAAUGGAGAUGAACGUAUGCAAGCAUUCUUCUUAGCUUCAGGCCCCGCCACUUCCGGCACCGGAGUUUUCCUUCCGACCACCGCUUCCUGUCCUUCCAAAAAGAAACCUGCUUGCGCUCCGGUUCUACUUCCAUCACGAGUGGUUCAAGCCCUAAACCUCAACGUCCACUCCCUCGGCUUGCAGGUUUCUCCACGUCCAGGUCCAUUUUCAUAUAGAUUCUCUCAGUCCAAUCUGUACGUACGUAUAUGCGUAUGUAUGUAUAUGUGUAUGCUUGUUGCUGUAAUGACACAGAUGGGGAAAAUGGUUCGAGGAAGAAAAACAGAGUGGAAGGAUCCACCGGAAAAUCUGGAGAGGCGAAUCUCAUCAGCUCCCCUGAGAUGGUUCUUCCCGAGGAAUGGACCUACUGAUUCAUAUAUAUAUACAUACACACACACAUAUAAUUCAUAUUUAUAAUUAUACAUAUCGAUCGAGAGAAAAAAAAUAAUCUCGUCCACCCUUUGUAGACUUGUUUCCCGAUUCAGAUGCUUCGUUACCGUUGGAUGUACACAAUUCAAUAAAAAUGAU